AUGUCUAAAUCUCUCACACCAGAAGUUCUAUGGGCCCAAAGGUCCAGCGCAACGGAACAAGAACGCAACUUUUUAUUGGUUACCAUCAUGAUUCCCGACUGUGAACAGCCCAAGCUGGACUUGAAGGCCACACACCUCGAGUUCACAGCCAACUCGCCAGGACACGUUGGCGACGAAGAAGAGCACAAGUACAAGCUGCACAUCGACUUCUUCAAGGAAAUUGACGUGGAAAAAUCGCAAAGCAGAGUGGCCAACGGCAGGGACUAUUUCCUCAAGCUAUACAAGAAAGACUUGGACGCGGAGUUCUGGCCCCGUUUGACUAAGGAAAAACUCAAGUACCACUUCAUCAAGACCGAUUUCAACAAAUGGGUCGACGAAGACGAGCAGGAAGACCAGAAGGACGAAGACCUAGGGUUCGACGGAGGUCUACCAGGCGGUCAGGGAGCCCAGGCAGCUGCUCUCCAAGAACUUCUCAAAAACGGCGGAGCCCAGGGCCUAGAAGGUCUGGAGGGUCUAGGAGGUCUAGGAGGUCUAGCAGGAGGUGCUGCCCCCGCCAGUUGA